CUCGCCCAAGCCCUGGCUUCUCUUGGUCCCCACCGGUGCCACGCCGCUGAGCCGAGGGCAAGCCGCCUCAGCAGCCUCCAGGGGCCGGGGCCGUCCUUCUGCCGCCAAGUCCCCCACCCCAACUCAACACCCACUUGGCCGAGGCCACGCCCCCGAGCUCCGGCCGCCCACUUUUCCUCUGGAGAGUCCGGAGACUCCCGCCUUUGGCCCCGCCCCCAACCGAGACCCCGCCCCCGGCGCCCCGCCCCCGCGACUUGAAGGGGCCGGGGCUGCGGCCGCCUCAGAGUCGCGCGCGGGGCGUGGGGCGGUGCUGAGGAGACGAGCCUGAGGCGCGGAGGCUGAGGCGAGCUAGACGCCAGGACAGUCCAGGGAGCUGCCGCGCGGCGGGAGCCCGUAGCCAGAGCAGUCCCGGAGCAGAAACAGCCGCCGCCGCCGUCCGCGGAGCCCAGCCGAACCGGCCAUGGCGUUGUCGAUGCCGCUGAACGGGUUGAAGGAGGAGGACAAAGAGCCCAUCAUCGAGCUCUUCGUCAAGGCUGGCAGUGAUGGUGAAAGCAUAGGAAACUGCCCCUUUUCCCAGAGGCUCUUCAUGAUUCUUUGGCUCAAAGGAGUUGUGUUCAGUGUCACAACUGUUGACCUGAAAAGGAAGCCUGCAGACCUGCAGAACUUGGCUCCGGGGACCCACCCACCAUUUAUAACUUUCAACAAUGAGGUCAAAACGGAUGUAAAUAAGAUUGAAGAAUUUCUUGAAGAAGUCUUAUGCCCCCCCAAGUACUUAAAGCUUUCACCAAAACACCCAGAAUCAAAUACUGCUGGAAUGGACAUCUUUGCCAAAUUCUCUGCAUAUAUCAAGAAUUCAAGGCCAGAGGCUAAUGAAGCUUUGGAGCGGGGUCUCUUGAAAACACUGCAGAAACUAGAUGAAUAUCUGAAUUCUCCCCUCCCUGAUGAAAUUGAUGAGAAUAGUAUGGAGGACAUUAAGUUUUCCACACGUAAAUUUCUGGAUGGCAAUGAAAUGACACUAGCUGACUGCAACCUGCUGCCCAAGCUGCACAUUGUCAAGGUGGUGGCGAAAAAAUACCGCAACUUUGACAUUCCGAAAGGAAUGACUGGCAUCUGGAGAUACCUGAGUAACGCCUACAGUAGGGAUGAGUUCACCAACACCUGCCCCAGUGACAAGGAGGUGGAGAUAGCAUACAGUGAUGUAGCCAAGAGACUUACCAAAUAAAAGAGCACUUGCGAGAGAAACGUCUUCACAUCUUCCCCUGACUAAGAACAUACUUUUCCUAACAGACUGCUCCUCUUCCUAGAAAGUAGAAACUUUAUUUGGCACGAACAUGCAGUUAUUCCAGAUUAGGAUAAAGGAUAGAAAAGGUAUAGUAGCUGUCUUGAAAUAUAUAUACUCCUAAGCAGUAUUAUUUUAAAAUUCCUUUACCCUGCCUGUGUCCCCUAGCCCACAUCCUCUUCUCCUCCAGUUUGGAGCACUCCAUCACAAACUUUCUCUUUAACGGUAUUUUAAAGGCAGUUUGCCAUCUCUCUGGAACCUUCGUCACUGGAGUCCAUUCACUGUGUAUCGAUGACAGAACUUUUGAGGUGCACUGUUCAACUGUUAAAAUAGUAACCGUAAAAAAAAUAAAUAGUAACCAUGUCCCCUUCAGUCAGGCCCAAACUGGUGCAUAAUGCAUGGUACAAGGAAUAUUUAUGUAGUUUUGGAAUUUUAUAAUAAUUAGUAAGAGUAUAUGAAAGGAUUGCUACUGUAUCAAAAUAUUCUAUUUCAGUUUAGUCUAUCCUGGAUAUGUACUAAAGGAUGUUACCACCUGAGAAGAGUGCUCUCUACCGAAAGUCAGUGCAGAUUUUGUUAUUUUACUUUGUACAUGGAUUUUUACUUUUGCCUAAAAGCAUUUUUCUUUCAUACUAAUGAUGACAUCUGACACUACUUAGAAGCUGAAAGUUUAGAGGGAAGGAUGGUAUUUUAAAAUCUUCUCAAGCAUAUUAUGAAUAUAAGAGAAACCAAUGGGCACCUGAUACACUCAGUCUAAAUAUGUUACUGGUUAUAUGUAUUUUGUCCAGUGCCAUUCAUUUGGAACAUUAUCGCUUUCUUCCUGAAUUUUAAAGUGCUCUUUUUUAAGUUAAGCAUCAGCCUUGCUGUCUGUAGAUCUUCUGAGCAACAUUACGUAAACUGAUAUUUUGUUCAUUUAGCUCUAGCAGUACGAUGAUUAGUAAUGUAAAAGUUAACCUAAGGAGUAUAGCAUGGGUUUGUCAACAUACCAAGUAGAGUUUUGUUUAUAAAGCAUAUUUAAUGUGGAUAAUCUAAAGAGUAUAGUAUACAUCCUAUAUUAAAAACAAGAUGAAACAGGUUAUUAUUCCACCCCAUUUACUGUUAGACUUCAGGCAGAGGAUGGUUCACUCCUUUUGGACUAAAUUAUAGUUGUGAUGGUGACUUAAUAUUUACUGCAAUUUUGCCUAAUCUCAAUCAUUGCGUUUCCUUCAAUUAAAUUUUUCUGCAGCUACAUUGAGGAAUAGCACUCUGCAUGUUUGUUUCUUAAACUGAAGUCCUAAACCAGGAAUUUUUUGUGUUGUAACAAGGGAGGAUAAACUUGAUGAAAAUAAAAGUUUGCUAAGUAUUUAUUCACUUAAAAAAGAAAAAAAUGACUUUCUGUGUACUACUCCAAAGACUGUGGUUGUGACUAUAGUAAUGUUUUUGGUCAUUUUUAUACCUAACUUGUUUAAGAAGUGCUAUUUCUCAUAGGCUGUUUUUGGAAAUUUUAAGUAUAUUGCUUUAAAAUAGCAAUGUUUUUUUCCCUAUGAUAUGCUAACAUUUAGUAAACACUGGCUUUAUGGAAGCAGCCUGAUUUUUUAUAAGCAUUAUGCAUUUAUUUAAAUCUAUCAGUAAUUAGCUUGGUGUAGAAAGAUAAGAAAAACUCCAUAUUGUAUCCGUUUGGCUCAGGGAGAUUUCUUUGCUUUACCUUUUUUAGAACUCCUUAUUGCUGAACAAAGUUAGGGUACCCACCAUUUUGUAAUAAAGUAUUGGAUGAUGACUUAUUUUGUUCCAGGAAGAAGCACUAUCAGGUUAUAUGCUGAGAAAGUCUAUGGCAGCAGCUUCCGUGGGUGAAUUGUGCCACCUCUGCACCAGUACACAGACAGCCAUCUUCACUUUUCACUUACUUUUAUAAUAGGACUAACUUGGUGUCAGUUAUUGAAUCUUGCCUCAUAGCUUAAAGCAUAAUUCAGGCAAAGUAGGGCGUCUGUUUCAAGUGAAUGGUGGACUAAGUGAUGCAGAGUAGAGGGAUAAUGAGGAAAGAGCUACAGUCCUCAAAACAGGGAUGAAACACAUUCUGAAAUUCAGCUGUGAAGAGUUUGCCGCUUUGGAUAUUUAUUCUCUUCUUCUUUUUAAAAAAUGUACCCCAUGAUUACACUUGGCUGUCUCUCUAGAUAUCCAAGGAAGGGAGGGUCUUUCUGUUAUUAUUUUGAUGAGGGCAGAGUUGUGUUUCUGUAGAAAGACAGAUCUUAUUACUUUAUCUGGAAAGUUAGUCAGAUGAGAUUGAGAUUGGCAAAUGGACAAAAGCUAGUAAAAAAAGAUGAUCCUAGAACAUACCUUUUUUACCCCAUCUUACAUUUGUGGAAAAAUCAUAGCUUAUAAUCUUGGGAGAUUUGGGACAUGAAAAAUUUUCAAAAAACUAUUUCUACAACUACUGAAUCAUUCCUCCCUUCAUUUAAACCUGUUUUGUUUCACUUAAGAUAAGAGUCUGAAUGGAAGAUCUUAUAGUUUCCAAGGGAUUCUGAGAAAUUUUUCUGUUCAACGUUUGGAAGGCUGUCUACUAUUUCAGUUGAUAUAAAUUCCCCCUUAAAAAAAAAUACAGAGGUGGACUUUCUGUAUAGUUCUGUUAUUUUCUUUGACCAAGAUAGUUGACUUUUGUGAUAAAAUUCAUGCAAGCUUUUAUUUCUUGGUGACUUCGGCUUAUACAGCUAUCUUUAAACCCUUGAGCAAUCUGUAUACAAUGAAGAGGUUUCUGACAUUUACUCUUACACUCAUUUGUUUGACUUUAGAAUUUAGGCACAUUUACUUCUGUUGUUUUGAAUCUUUUUAGAGCUGUGUGUAGAUAGCUUUUAUUUCUGUGCAUUUAAAAUAAUCCAUUUAGAAAAUACGUGGUAAAAAUGAGAAGAAAUAGAAAUGUAUUUUUUCAUGAACGUUUUGAUACACAUUUCAUCAAAUUUGUUAAUUAACCAAUUUCUUACACUGGUUAUAAUCAGUAUUUGAUUCAAAGAGAGGGAAGCAUUCAAUAUUAUACUGUAUCAUCAUUUUUAUUCCAUCCUUUACAAAUUACCAAGGUUGGGGCUGUCAAAAUUAUACUUUUAUUAUGGAAAAAAAUUUCAGCUCCCCCAAAUCAUAAUGUUGAACAGAAUUGAAGUAUUUUUUUAAAUUACUUGAAAAGGAAAAUGAAAGCUUAUUAUAGAAUGCUUGUAUUUUCUUUUCUCUCUCUGGAACCAGUAUAUUGCUGGCAGCUAUUGUAUUAAAAAAAUAAAGUAUAUUUUCACUAUCAUAAAAGGUUCUUUUUUCCCCCCCUCAUGAAAAUAAAUAACAGUUUGGGGUAAAAGUGUUUA